AUGCCUCGCGGAGACCGGGAGAGCGACUGGGUGAGUGAGGUAACGGACGGCGUGGCUCAGUAAUGGCCGACCUUUUUACACUCAUUGUGUCCUUAUGGGGAUGGCGGGCGGGCGAGCCUCCUGGAAAGCCAAGGCGCUAGAGAGAGAGAGCGGCAGUGGGGUGUAAAUGGCGGGUGCAGGGAAAAGGGGUUAGAUUUGGUCCCGUGGGUUGUUUUUUGAAGGGGCUCAGGAGGCGCCUAAUGGCGGGUGCCGUCAGCCGCUCGCUCACGGAAGAUAUUUUUGCCAGGACCUAUUUAAUACAGCACUGAAUUUUAAUACCAUUAGCGACAGGGCUUUAAUUUUCCCCAAGCGACAAAGGAAGCGGGAGGAGAAAGCGCCCUCUUUUAUACCGUUUGCGCCGCUAGGUUAGUGCUAGUUAAGCUGAUACAAGAUAGAAAGCGGGGUGGAUGGGCCCUUGGUUAAUUAUACUCUCCAUUUUUUUUGGCGCGAUUAUUAGUCUUCGUGGAUCUUCGGCAAUUUCCGGACUACAGCAAUGGGUGGGCUUUUGUUGCCUUCGGCUCUUUCCGGAAAUUAUCGAAGGCGCUUUUUCGAGGUUCGAGUACUCUUCGGCGCUCUUCGGCCACAGCCGGACGUCGCCGGCUGCGUCCGGAAACAGUCGAUGGCCUCGCUGGAGAUGACGAUGCGCAUUUUGGGUGUCCCUUUCAAAAACAUCUCUCGCCAUAUUAAACGGCUUUGCGUUACCUCAGGUUAACGAUGGUUUAAGCAAAAAGCAGUACAAUGUGGAAGAGUGCUCGAUUCCUUAUUACUUUUUGCCCCGGUCACGUCGCGCCAAUUUUGUGGUUUCGCGUAUUAAAAACAAAACAAAACCCUGGGGCGGCAAGGAUGUGUGAAUUUUUAACUACGUAAGAAUGAGGUCCGCCAUUACCAGAAAGACGGGAUCGCAUUCUCCAACCGCAUUACGCAAAGCACGUAGCUCCCUUACGUUAGCGGGAGAAACCUAAAGCUCGGGUGUUAGUCAGUUUGCGUGGAAGGGAUUGCGGUGUAGUGGUGCUGACUAGCGCGGGGACUAACUGCGGCACAAUACGCCAGUAGCGUAGAUACUUGAGAUGACGCAGAGUCCGUUAACUGGAAAACACUUGGUGGCGCAGUUGGCGGCUCUUGUUGCCUGCUACUGAAGACGUUAGUGUGGAAGGUUCUGGAAGGGACGGCAGCCCUUGAGGAGGCGGGGGGAGGCUGUGGCGGCUAAGUAGUUACGACAAGUUAGGGAUCCCCCCACAUUAUGGAGGUCAGUAGUUUUUUUCCAUUUCCAGUCUACUGGAAAAGGACUGAGCCGUAUGUAUAGUACGGAAAGGAGGGAGCGAAAGCGUACGAAGUGAAGGGUGCGAGUAAAGACAAAAGGCGGGUUCCCUCGCCCUCCUCCCUAAUCUGAUGGGGAGGGGGGAGCGCGCGUGCGCAGCAGAGCGGAAUGCUGUAGCCUUUCUUGGCCUUCUGGGAACGAGCCCCCUCCCGGUGGUGCUCGGCGCCAUUUUCUCUCAGCCCGCUGUGCACCUCGGGUUCUCGGAGCCGUCACAUGGCGGAGCCAUCCUCGCUGGAGAGGCGGAGGAGCAGCCAACCCUAUGGCAUUCUUAAGUUCUUGAAGGGUGAGCAAGGCUUAUAAACUCGCGUCUGCCUUCCUCAUCAGGUGUUUCAGAUCGUUAUGUUAAAGUCGAUUAAUCAAAAGAGUUUGCCUCAGCAGACACGUUGCCGCUUACUUCUUUGAACCUUUGGGUCUUGAAGGCUUAAACGCAUCGAAGCGCGGGGCCUUAUCGCACUUAACAAAUAACAUUAGUAUGCCUCGGGAACUUUUAAAAUAGUAUUUCCGGGAGUGUAGUAGAAUCUUAAAAGGUAGGUGUGAGUAGCGCACACUCCCUGCCAAUAUCCAGUGCCAUUAGUUUCAGUUAUUAGGUACAGGGCUACAUUUCUUAAUUAAAGUAAUUCCAGACUGCUAUUGGUUUGAGUCAGUAGUAAUGUUAAAUCCCCAUGGCGACCUUUCUAGGUCUGACCCGCAAACUGCUUGGACAACCCUUGUUUCUCAACCCUGUUAGACUUGAGAGUAAGUCGAUAAACAUGCUUUUGGGGGAUUAAAUGUGGGGAAUGCAUAGUAGAUGCAAAUUAACUCCUUUAUUUUCCGAUCAGUCUAGAAUAUUUUGUCAACUUCUAUUAUGUUGUAAAACCAAAGUGUGGUAAAGCUUUAAAAGUAUGAAAAAAGUAUAAAAUCUUAACAGUAAUAAAAUUUUUCUUGCUUAUGGGGUCUUUGAAACACACCAAGAACUGAGAAUGGUCCACAUUUUGUGAAAAAGAUAUGGGGCUGACUAUAAUGCUGUUUUUCUGCUCAGCUGGUUAUUUGGCCUACAAAUUUGUUGAAAUUAUCAUCCCUUAUUUUAUGGCAACUUUUCCACUAUAGUUAUGAUUUAUUUUAGUAUGAAUUAAACAUGGUUGCUGUUUUAAACUGGCUUAUGCUCAACCAUGCUCUCAGGAAGAAACAAACAUAUAAAAUAUAACUCUUUUCCUCACAUACAAUCUGAAAAUUUUCAUUUCAAAUUCUGUUUUCUGCUGAGGAAUACUGUGUAGAGAAUACAGUACUGUACUCUGGAAAAUUGAUAUAGAAGCAAUCUUCUCCUUGUAUCUUAAUUCUUGGCUAUGGUGUUCUUAUGCACAUUUCUGUGCCCUAAAUUUGGGUAGUGGUGGCAAAAAGAAAAAAACAGUAUAUUUCUCAAGCUGUGGACAUGGAUUAUUGAUGGGCCUCAGCCUCCUUUCAAGAAGCUGGUCAGUGCCUUCUCAUACAUCCACUUUUUCUCAAUAGUAGGUCCCCACGUGCACAGUAAUAGGCAUGUGGGGAGAGUGGCAUCAGGUAGAAGGGAGGAAAGAGUAAAUAGAUAUCAAUGUGGCUGGCCAAGCGUGAGGGGAGGAGAAAAAUUGGAAGGCAGGAGGAAAAACGGGCAGUUGUAUUGGGAAUGAGAGGAAAAGAAGCACCUCUGGGAUGUUCCUGUGCAUUCUUGGCUCCUCUAAGCAUGCCCCCCCCCCCCAAGUUAUGAGUUAGGAAGCCUCUCCAGAAGCUUUUAAUAGAAGAACACUUCACUAUCUCAGAAUAACAUACAGUGGUACCUCGGGAUGCGAAUGGGAUCCGUUCUGGAGCCCUGUUUGCAUCCUGAACACAACGUAAGAUGCGCCAGUUGUGGUUCGCCGCAUGUGCGUGAUGUCAUUUUGACUUUGCACAUGCGCGAGUGGCGAAACCCAGAAGUAACACGCUCUGUUACUUCCAGGUCGCUGCAGAGCACAACCCGAAAAUACUUAUCCUGAAGCAUAUUUAUCCUGAGGUAUGACUGUACUGGCUUUAGGAACUGGACAGCUGCCCUGUGUGCAUGUACCCAUGUAGGUAGAGGAAGUUUAUUUUAAAUUUGUAUAUGGCCCUUCAUCUGACAAUCAUAGGCAGUUCACAGCAUAACAAUACAAAACCAGAGCACAAUGUACAUACUCAAACAAGAAUAAAAACAAAUAAAUAACCUUCAUACGAAACACAUUUAAAAGGCCACGGAAUAUUCAAUCAGCCAAAUGCCUGGUUACAGAGAAUCGUUUUUGCCUGGUGCCUAAAGAUAUGUACUGAAGGCACCAGGUGAGCCUCAGUGGGGAGAGAAUACCACAAAUGGGGAACCAUGGUCUAUUCUUGUGUUGCCGCCCUUCAAAAGAUGGUUGGAAGUUUUCAAAGAAUGGUUAGGUGGUCCUCUUGUCAGAGAUUGUUUAGCUGUAAUUUCCUGCAUUGCAGGAGAUUGGACGAGAUGACCCCUGGGAUCCCUUCCAACUCUAUAGUUCCGUCAUUCUAUGACCUCAUGGAGGAGGCACACAAAGAAGGGCCUGAGAUGUUAUUGUAGGGCUUAGGUUGGUUCUUAGGCAAGAGUCAGUCCUUGAGGUUGUGCCAGCAGCAUAUUGCUGGCAAUGUACUACAAAGCUCUGGAUGACCCCACUCAGCAGUUUCAUGUGCUGUAGAUGUUUAUAAAACAGUAUAGGGGAUAAAAUUGAACCCCAAGGAACCCCACAUUGAAGCUCCAUGGGGCUGAAGAGCUCUCCCCAAGCAUAACCUAUUGGAAAUUACCAUCCAAGUACGACCAGAACCACUGGGUGUGAGCUACCCGCAUCCUGGACUUUCACUCAAGGAUACCAUGGUUGAUGGUACUGAAAGCCACUGAGAGGUGAAGGCGAAUUAACUGGGACGCAUAUCUCCUAUCCUGACAGAGAUCAUACAGAGCAACAAAAGUAAUUUCUUUGCUGAAAGUGGGCCUAAAUGCUGAUUGACAUGAAUCUGGAAAAUCAGUUUCCUCCAAGAGUGCCAGGAUCUGGUCUGCAACCACCAACUCAAGAACCUUGCCCAAGAAGGGGAUAUUUGUAGCUGACCAGUAAUUACUUAGAUUUUCUGAAUCCAGGGAGGGCAUAUUAAGGAGUGGUCUUACCACUGCUUCCUUCAAGCAGGUAGGGACCACCCGCUUUCACAAGAAGGCAUUAAUCACCUCCCUGAAUUGAGUAAAGAUGGCCUGGAAAUGAAAGAAGAGUGGGGUAAUAUUUAUUAAUUUGGAAAUAGACAGCAUGGUGAUUAGAGAAGGAAGCUAGUGUUGGAGGAAGUAAAGGUUUAUAGAGCAAGGAGAAGUAAUGAAAUAACAAUACUAUUCUCUACAAACUGAUGGAUAGGUGAAUACUUUGAGAGGAAUCUUUUUUGGGGCUAGGAGAUACAAACUAAUGUGGCUCUGUUUUAGAGAUUCUAGAUUAGCAAAUUCUGCCUAAAAUGGGAAUGCUAGGGCAUGCCACCUCCAGAGCCAGUGUUUUUGACUUGAGGAAAGCUGAACUAUGGAACUCAAUGCCACAAGGAAAUUACUGUGUCAAAAAGUGUGGCAAUUAUCAAGAGGGAUCAUGUGUAAGUAAAUAGUGAUGUCAGUAAUUGCCAGUUGAUUAUGGCAAACUCUUAGAAUCAUUGAAUUGUAGAGUUGGAAGGAACCACAAGGGUCAUCUAGUCCAACCCCCUGCAACUAAAUCAUACAGGACAGAUAGCAAUCAACAUCUGCUUAAAAACAUCUAGGGAAGAAGAGUCCACCACCUCUUGUGUGAGUCCAUUAUCAACUACUCUUGCUCUCAGUUCUUCCUGAUGUUUAGUCAGACUCUCCUUUUUUGUAACUUGAAUCCAUUGCUUUGGGUUCAGGUCCUAGCCUCCAGAGCUGGAAAAAACAAGCUUGGUCCAUCUUGUGACUGUUCUUCACCAUUUUGCCCUCUCAAGUGGGCCAUGGGGAUAGAAAGAACCCCUACUAAAUAUCCACAUAAUAAUUGUUGGACUAGCAUACAUAGAAACACAAUACCAUGUGUAGAAGUUUGUAAUGUGCAACUAUGUUGCAGACUUUGAAAAAGAGUAGAGAAGAAACUGGCAGUGUUUCUUAUUGCAGUUUGGAGAAACCAGGAGCAUGUUUGGCUUAGGAAAAAAGUUCGCAAACCGGAACACUUCCCAGUUUGCAGUGUUUGUUUGUUUGUUGUUUUUUUCAACUUAAAUUUUUAUUAGUUUUCAUCAAACAUACAUUCCAAUACAUUCAUUGUAUUAAUACAUCUCAUACAUAACAUUAGCUCUGUUGAGCUUUGGACUUCCUUCCUCCCCUUCGGUAAGUAUCAUAUAUUUUCAUUAUGUCACGUAUUUUACACAUUUAUCUAUUUAAUCAUAAGCUGUUGAAGUUAAUCAAAUCCUGCCAGUGUCUUUAAAGAUUUACAGUUGUCUCUUAUAUAAUCCAAGUAUUUACUCCAAUUUUCAUAAAACUUUUGUUCAUCCUGAUCUUUUAUUCUCCCUGAUAUUCUAGCCAGUUCUGCAUAGUUAAUCAUUUUGACCUGCCAUUCAGUAAUAGUUGGUAUUACUUCUGUUUUCCAGUUCUGGGCUAACAUAGUCCUUGCUGCUGUCGUGGCAUACAGGAAUAGGUUUUUAUCUUUCUUUUUAACAUCUUUUCCAACUAGUCCCAGUAGAAAGGCUUCAGGGUUUUUAAAAGAAGUAUACUUAAACAUUUUUUUAAGCUCAUUGUAAAUUAAUUCCCAGAAGCCUUUCACUUUACUGCAAUUCCACCACAUAUGGAAAAGAUCUCCUUCUACCUCUCCACAUUUCCAGCAUUUCUUAUUUUUCAUUCUGUACAUCUUUGCCAGUUUUACCGGCGUGAGGUACCACCUGUAUAUCAUUUUCCAUACAUUUUCCUGUAAUGCCGUGCAAGCCGUGAAUUUUAAGUUCACAUUCCAUAGUUCUUGCCAGGCUUCUAAUUCUAUAUUAUAGCCAAAGUCUAAGGAGGCUAUGAUUAAAUGGGCCAUAGACUUUGGCCAGUUUGCAGUGUUUGGGUUCCAUGUUGUUUGAGUACCAAGGCAUUUGAGAACCAAGGUACUACUGUACAUUGUUAGAGUUCACCUUGUUGGUUUUGAGGAGGUUUUUAUUUGCCACAAAUGACAUAGAGUGUGUGUUCCAGAGUAGAAUUUCUGAGUCUUAGAGUACAUACUGAUCAGUCCUUGAAGCCAUAUUAUCAGGAUGUUAAAUUGUGAGGUCUAUAGGUUCACAUAUCUGGAAAAUCUUGCACGAUUCUCAGCUCAACAUCCUCCCCCUGCUGUAAAGAAUCAAAAAGAUUAGCUACGACUAUUUUCUAGUUUGUAUUAAAUCCUGGGUUUCUUUGGUAGGCAUCAAGUUCAAAAGGGCCGUUCUCAGUUGCUUCCUGGCAAACAUAAAACCUAGAUUAUGUAUUUUUUAUAUUUUUCCAACUGAAGUGCUUGACCCAAAUAGAAAAGAUAGUGUCUCAGUUAUUUUUGGAUAUAUAAAAUCUAGUAUGUGUUUAGGAAGAAAUUGUGUGCUAUAUUACUAUUUUUUCUCUCCUUUGAAUUAGAGGGAAAAAGAGCAGUUCCGCAAACUAUUCAUUGGUGGCUUAAGCUUCGAAACCACAGAAGAAAGUUUGAGAAACUACUAUGAGCAAUGGGGAAAGUUAACGGAUUGUGUGGUAAGUUGUGUGCAUUAAUCUUCGUUUGAUUUUAGAUAGCUUUGGGUAUGGGGGGAAAUUAAUCUGGAAAAAAUAGGCAAGACAGGAUGCAGGAUGAAACCAUGUUUGGUUCAUUAGCAGCCAUAACUGUCUUCAGAUUUGUCUAGAAGAGCAGACUUCUGUUUCCUUUGUGCUGAAGUGUGAGAUAAACUCUUCAAUGGUUAAUAGACAUCGAUCACCCAUGAGAACAAUUGCAUCUUUUCUGAGAUUAAGAAGUUUAGUUCUUCCUUGCAGCUAAUGGUGCUUGUAUACUAUUUUUAGCUUUCAGUCUAGAAUCUCUCUUAAUAACACAAAUAGAAAAUGUUAUUUUUGGGUAGUGACAGGUUAAUGUCAGUAAGCUUUCCUGAUUUAGCCAUUGAUUAACAUAGAUUGUGAUUUUUAAAAUCAGAAAAUUGAAACAUUCAGUCAUCACUUUUUAUGAAGCCUAUAAUUCCUCUUUCAUGAAAUAUAUUGUGUAUAACUUAAAAUAUAGGGGUGGGAUGCAAACACCUAUUUUUGGAGUUCCCAUUGAGAUGUUAACUGUAUUUUCUUAGAACUUUACACCCUGUGCCACGUUGCUGUCUACUUUCUAAAAGUUUUCAUGGGUGCCAUGUAGUAUGACAGACAUUUUAUAAAUAUAAACCCAUGUCCACGUAGAAUUAGAACUAUAAAAUUUUGCCAUUGGGUAUGUUAGUGUUUCUUUUUUGUACCUAUGUUACACUUGUUUACCAAUGUUACCACAAUUCAUAUCAUUAUCUUUGAGUUACUGAUCAAAGAUUUUCAGCAAUGUCAGCUGGCCAUUAAUUUUAUUUUAAAAUACUCUUUUAAAAAGUACGUAUUCUGGAAGAGGAAAUGUUUCCUCAUUAUUAUUUUUUGCCAUUUCAGAUGGGUGUUGUGUGUAUUGGUUGUUUUUCUGAGCCACAGCAGCCAUCUUUGUCAUCUUGACAAAUACUUUAUUUUUGCAGCACACCAUGUUGUUGGUCAAGGGAUGGGGAACCUGUGGCCUUCCAGAUAUUGUUAAACUACAAUUUGCAUUAUCCCUGACCAUUGACCAUGUUAGCUGGAGUUGAAGAGAGUUUAAAUCCAGUAACAUGGAGAGCUACAGAUUAGCAAUCCCUGUUAGCAGCACUACUAUUCGCUGACAGCCUUUGAUAGUUUCCAAAUUCUUUCCCUCGGUUGUUUGUUCAGACUUCAAUUCUUAAACUACAUUCUUUAGGGUACAGUUGUAUUUCUUCUUAGAAAAGUAAUUGCUAAACAGAAUUAUUGCUGAUAGCAAAAUGUGUGUGGCAAUAAUUGUAAUUUAGAGCUUAAUAGUUGAAAUGCACAACCUUCAUCUUGUAGGUUAUGAGAGACCCUGCAAGCAAACGCUCACGAGGAUUUGGUUUUGUAACAUUCUCUUCCAUGGCUGAAGUUGAUGCAGCAAUGGCUGCCAGACCUCAUUCCAUUGAUGGAAGAGUAGUUGAGCCGAAAAGAGCUGUAGCCAGGGAGGUAAGUUUUGUUCUGUAUUAAAUGUGAGAUAUUUUUAUCUCUUAUCUGUGUCUCUUAAAGCAGACAAGUUUAUAUUGUUCAGAAAAUGUUUUUGCUGCUGCAUGUAAAAUACUGCAACUUGGAGGACGUACAUGCUCAGUGGGCUAGACCCAUUUAGCAAUACUUCCUUAACCUGUGCUGAGGUAUGGAUUUCAUGCAGUGACUUUUCUGUGGCAGGUCUCAAGCAGUUCAUUGAAUGUUGGCAGCAUGCAGCUGAGGAAGAAACUCAGUUGGUUAUAGCAUGGUGUUUAUAAUGCCAAGGUUUGCAUGUUUGAUCCCUGGAUGGGGCAGCUGCAUAUUCCUGCGCUGAGUGACCUGGACUAGAUUAUCCUCAGAGUACCUUUCAAUUCUGUGAUCGUACAACAAAAGCCAGGGAUCUAAAGUUAAUAUAUUUGAUGGUAGAAACUGAGUGUUGGCAUGGCAUAUUGCCUCAAACUGUUAGAAAUGGGGAAACUCCUAGUUCAAGUCUUGCCUCUGCUGUGAACUCAAGCCACUCAAACCCCAAUAUAUGGGGAUAAUAAAACAAUUUUACAGGAUUGUUCUCAGCAUUGCAACAUGCUAAUGUACGUGAAGUGAUCUGAGCAUUCUUAUAGUGUUUAUGAAUGUUACACUUUGCCAAAAUUAUAGGUCAUAGCGAUAACAGAAAAAGACAACUGCUGAAACGUUCCCGAAAUAAAGCAAUAAAAAUAACCCGACUCAUACUGCUUAAGGUGUCGGUUUCCUACACUAUUAUUAAAAUUUUCUGAUGAUUAUUUAAUGGAAAUUGACAGUUUACACAUUUUUAGUUACUCAUUAACACCAGCAACUAGAAAUUCAGGGUUUUGUUUUGUGUUUGACCAACAAUUAACUAGGCAGUUUUGCUAAACUUAUUUUUCAAGGAAUCUGGAAAACCUGGAGCUCAUGUAACUGUGAAAAAAUUGUUUGUUGGUGGAAUUAAAGAAGAUACUGAGGAACAUCACCUUAGAGACUACUUCUCGGAAUAUGGAAAAAUCGACACAAUUGAAAUAAUUACAGACAGACAAUCUGGUAAAAAGAGGGGCUUUGGAUUUGUAACUUUUGAUGACCAUGAUCCAGUGGAUAAAAUUGUAUGUAAGUAAAUACUAUUAACAAUCUUUGUCACUGUUACAUAUUUUAUGUACCCAUGUUUUGGCCUGGUUCUAUAUAUCACUGUAUCAGCAAGCAAGUCAUUUCAGGAUGUAGUGUAACCACUGCAGGCUGCCAUUUCUUCUUACAUGCAUAUAUGUAAAUUGCAUACCAAGUUUAUACUGUGCAAGAAAAUGGUUGCCACUGUUUUAAGCUGGCCUUGGUAGCCAAGUAAUCAGUAUUGCUUGCCAGAUUGUGAUAUGGCAGAGGUAUUUGGAUCUCUUCUGCUGAGCAGUGGCAAGAACAUCUUCCACUUUCCUGCAGGAAGGUGUCAUGGGGACCAUGCACACCUUUCUUGUUGAAGGUAUUCACUGCCUGCUGAACAACAAACUAGAACUGGGCUUUCCUGCCUCUAGCAGGAAAAGGAUGCAUGUUGAGCAUUUCCCUUUUAUUCUGGGCCAAACAACCCCUAACUUUCCUUUGAAGCUCGGAGAUUGGGAGUGGCAAGGAUCUCCACACAACUGCUAGGACGAUUACUGUCUACAUUUGCAGCUGCAACUUCUCCAGAAGGCAGUGGCUAUUUCAACCUUGGCAAGCACACUGAACAAAAAUGUAGAAGCCUGGCUGCAAUUUUUUUUUUCUGGGAGUAAGCAUCAGUGAAGAGUGGGAUUUCUGAGUAGGCAUACAUAGAAUUAUUUCUGGGGCAGGUUUACAUUUUGUACUAGUGUAGAAAGUCAGUGUAUAAAAUUGAAUUUCACCAGUGUUGCAGUCUUCAUUAAUGUUUUCUCUAAUUUUGAACUGAAACUGCUGUGAGGGAUUAGAUUGAAGGUUGUAUCAUUUGUUUAUUUUCCCCCACCAUCUUUUGUGAAUACAGUGCAGAAAUACCAUACUAUCAAUGGUCAUAAUGCAGAAGUAAGAAAAGCUUUAUCUAGACAAGAAAUGCAAGAGGUUCAGAGCUCAAGGAGUGGACGAGGAGGUAUGUUUGCAAAUUGCAUCGUAUUUACAUUCGAUAUUUUGGAAAUAGUAUUGUAGUUAACUUAAGCUGAUGAACGCUUUUAGGUAACUUUGGCUUUGGAGACUCGCGUGGAGGUGGUGGAAACUUUGGACCUGGACCUGGAAGUAACUUCAGAGGUGGAUCUGGUAAGUCGGUUAAUCAGUGAUCUUUGCAAAGCACUAAAUAAGCCCAUGUAGACUAAUCUGUUAAAGUUUUUAUGUCCCGGAGUUCCAUAAAAAUAAGAACACUGUUAUGGUAGUCUUCCUUUUCCUUAUGUGAAUAUGAUAUGACCAGCAACCAUUAAUGUUUUCUUUUUUUGCACUAGGUAAACUAAUAGGAAAAACUUUAUUUUUAACAGAUGGCUAUGGAGGCGGUCGUGGAUUUGGUGAUGGAUAUAAUGGAUAUGGCGGGGGACCAGGAGGUUAGUCUCUUUAAUUUGCUUAGGAAGACAUAGUAUGUAUGUGUGCUCUAGUGGAAAUGGUAUAAGCAAUUAAAUUUUCUUUAUGGUCCAAUCGGGUCUAAAAAUACUCAAAAUCAAUGUAAUUGCUAUCAUAUGCCCGUAAUCCAUUGUCAACCAUAUAAAUAUGCUGUAAUUCAAAUAGUUUUCUUUUGGAACCAAAUCAUUCCUCCAAAUCAGUGAUGGAGGACCUCUGGCCUCCAGACCUAAUAAGGCCCACGAGGCUUCCACAUACGUGUAUGUAUUGCACCUUGGCAAGCAUUGUUGAUUAUCAGCACUUGCAAAGCCAUGUGCCUUUGUAAGCACCAGAUGUGGCUUUAUGGUUUGAUUUCAAGACAUGUGCAUAAUUUUAUUAUUGCAAAGUGCAAUUACGUGAGUAGAAUUGUAUCAAGUGGCUUGCAGGAUAGCAGCAUAUAAUGAUGUUUCUAUUGAUUGGGUUUUCGUCAAGCAGUAGCCCCCACACCAUGUGACACAUUGCUUCAUAGAGGAGAAUUGUGUGGUAUAAAAGUCUGUUUCCAAGAAAAAUUCUGCUACAUACAUAUUAUUUCUUUAAAAGGAUAUGGUUGUGGCCAUAAUAUUCUAUAUGAAAUAUAAGUUCAACUCUGAUAUAAGCUGCAUGUUUACUGAGACUUGUUUUACAAUAGGUGGCAAUUUUGGAGGCAGUCCUGGUUAUGGCGGAGGAAGAGGAGGAUAUGGUGGAGGAGGACCUGGAUAUGGCAACCAGGGUGGGGGCUAUGGAGGUGGCUAUGACAACUAUGGAGGAGGUAAUGUUGGAAGGAAUUAGAACACUGGGCCUUAGCUUUAGUCCUCUCUGUUGUGGUGGGAAUUCAAAAGUAUUUGUGGUGGCAGAGUAUGUCUUUAUUAAAAAAUUAUUUGGGGUGCUGUGGGGGAUAAUAAUUGCCCGAAAGGCAAGAUAAAAAUACAUUGCUCUUGAAACUGGAACACAAAAGGUGUUCUGAAGUGUUUUAUAACUAAAGGUCUAAAAAUGUAUUUAUCAUGGCUGAUCUAAAGGCUGAUAGUAGAGUAUUAAAAAAACAUUUCAGUCCAUGUGAUGGCCAACAGCGUUAUAUAUAAGUCGGAAGGCAUGUUUUUUGUGACAUUCUAUAUUCAAAGCUAGCAUUUUGAUUAUUCAGCAUAAACUUUUUAUUGAUUCAGGCAAUUAUGGAGGAGGAAAUUACAAUGAUUUUGGAAACUACAACCAACAGCCCUCAAACUAUGGUCCAAUGAAGAGUGGAAAUUUUGGUGGAAGCAGGAACAUGGGAGGACCAUAUGGUGGAGGUAAUACAAAAAGUGAAAUAGAAAAGUAUCUACCCCCCCUUCCCACAAAUCCUGGAUUUGCCUUUAGGAGAGGAAGAGGGUCAUUGCUAUCUUUUCCUAAUAGCACACCGGUGAGUGAUAGUGGGAGGGUUUGUACCCUGCAACCCACUCCCAUUGUAGUGCUUUAUUUUUCCCAAUAGGUGUGAAAGCUGUAUAUACAUAGAAAGUCAAGAGGUAACUUGCAAUUGAAGUGGACUGCCCCUGGUGACCCAGCAAUUAAGAAUCAAACCUAUUCCUACCUGCACAACCCUUUCUGGAGGCCUAGUUGUGGUCAUUCCAAAUUGUUGUAUAAUUCUGAGGAAUCUCUUUUGCCAUUUGCAUACAUCAGUCUUUAAACUACAACUUCCCCCAUCCCCUUUAAUUAGCCAUACUGGCCUGGGCUACUGGGACUUGUACUCCAAAACAAGUGGGAGUUGGUCAGGUUGUGAAAGCCUGGCAUACAUGUUGUACAGAUCGAUCUGUGUCUCCUUGAAAAGGGCAGCUACCACCUCCCCCUGUUGACGCAGUCAGGAAUGUUUGCAGAUUUAAUUAGAUCUGGUGAUCUACUUUGAUGUCAAUUUUGAUUGAAAGAUGUUGAGAGCACUAAUUGACUGUUGUAGAAUUGAGCCAUUUGGGUGAUUGCAGUUUAAAAGUAAGAUUUUGAUGAAGCUUGAGAAUGGCUGUUCAUCUGUGUUAAUUUUAUGCAUUCCAUUUUAACAAUACAGGAAACUAUGGUCCUGGAGGAAGUGGAGGAAGUGGGGGAUAUGGAGGGCGGAGCCGUUACUGA